CCAUUUCUAGCUUGUUUGGGAGGGGGAAAGGAAAUGGAAUGGAAUGAAUUUUUUAAGGUAUAUUAUAUUCUAAUUUCUAUCUAUUCAACUUCGUUUGAAAGUUUAGUGGGAAUAAAUGGAAUAUUCAAUCCUUUAAUUAAAUGGAGUUGAAUUAUGCUUUAAUUUCUAUGUUGAGAAAUGGAAAUUAAAAGUGAAAGGUAUAAUAAUAAAAUUAAAUAUUUCUUUUGUUUUCAUUUACUGUUUUAUGAAAUCUCAAAUACAAGUGAAAAAACUUCAUAUUCUUCUCUGUAUUCCUUUAUGAUUUACUCAUUCCAUCCUUCCAUUCUUUUAUAAACCUUUAAGCAUAGUGUUAAUAUAUGGAUUGCUUAUAAUCUUCAAAACUGUCAUCACAUUCUGAAGAUGACAAUUCUAGUCAUUUAAUAAAUAUAUUGCAAUUCCAGUUAUUACCGAGUUUUCUUUAAAUUCUUGAUGUUGUGCAUCACUGGCCAAUUCCAACUUCCGGAGUAAGCUCUUUGCUUGAUUUGAAAGUGUCUUAUGGCCCUCAAGAAUGGCAUUUUCCAAGAUGAUGUUAAUGGUGUCUAUUUCAAUGCAAGUCCCCAAAUCCUCUUGCUGUAGGUUACAGAGCAUAACCAACUAGCAAGAUGAAAUCUUACUUGUUUCACCAUACUAAAGCUGAACGAUAACCUUAAAAGAAGCUCAAUGAUCUACCAGAAAAGGAUUCUAGUACAAAAACGAGGCCAGAGCAGACUGCGGGACAAAAGGAAAACACGAGGGAGAUGAAGCAAGAUGGUACAGAGGGAGAUACUCGUUGCCACCCUAGUUUGGGCAGUUAUGAGUUAUAACCAUGAGAAUUCCUUAACUAUGGGCCAUGCCUCAAUACAAGAGUGGACUGAGAUGGUCCGAGCUCACUUCUAAUCAAAGAGCAUGUCUAUUGUGUUUGGCGGCCUGCUAAAGAGUCUGCAUCUUUUCCAUGUAAUUUAAAAGCUAAAGAGAAAUAUAUCAAAUAUCAUCUUGAUCUUGGCUUUCUUUUCUACCCUCAUCCCUAUCCUUUCGCCUUCCUCUUUAACUAUAUAUUUAAUGGAGAUUGAAUUCCUGUCAUUUAAUAAUGGGCACACAAAGCUUAUCUAUAGACUAGCAAAAAGUAUUAAGUGAAGAACAACGACUUUGUAACUCAAUUGACACCUUUUGGUGUUUGCAACGGAGAUUUCUAGGAUUCGAAUCCCCUUCCCCUCUUCCCAUUGUAACCUUCAAAUAUAUCAAAAGAAGUGGAGAACCACUUUUGCAUAUAGAGCCAAAAAUGGUCGUGCUGAAAGAUAGAACUGGAAUAAAAUCGUGGAUAGUUUAAUCAAGAUGUUAUUUGCAUGUAUAAAUAAGCCAGUGAUAAAGUUCCCACCAACUAGUGUUGUCCACCUAUGUUACCAUGUAAUAAUUUCUGGUCUUGUCACCCUCUCUCUUUUUCCCGACUCCUUUGCCACCCAGUUCCUCAUAUAAAAGAUCUCAAACUCCUCUGAGUUUGUUGCAAACGACAAUGGCUUUUAAAGCAACAUUGCAAGGAGAGAAAUUGCACAGAGGGACUUGGCACGAAGAGGAAGAUAAGCUGCUCUCGACCUUUGUCACCCUAAUGGGGGAAAGGAGGUGGGAUUCCAUAGCAAGGGCAUCAGGUCUUAAGAGGAGUGGUAAGAGCUGCAGGUUCCGGUGGAUGAAUUAUCUUCGCCCUAAUCUUAAACGUGGUCAUAUAAGCAUCGAAGAAGAGCAGAUCAUUCUUCGACUGCAUGAGCUAUGGGGUAACAAGUGGUCAAGGAUUGCUAGAAGGUUGCCAGGAAGAACAGAUAAUGAGAUCAAGAAUUACUGGAGGACUCAUUUAAGGAAGAAAGCACAAGAACAGCAUGAAGGAAACUUUUAUUGUAAACUAAACAAUGGUAAACAAGAUUUCUUCUUUCAGAAAGGUGAUAUGAGUGGCCUAAACCAUAACUAUGAAAACCAUGGGACUGCUGAGGACUUUUGUGGAACCACAGAUGAUUCGUUUGAUGCUCUUGGGUUGUCGAAUUUUUCAUUGAUUAGUUCUCCAUAUGAAACGCAAUUAUCAGAUCCAAUCUUAGAGUUUAUAAAGGAUCAAAGUGAAAUAAAACAUCAAAGUGAAAUAAAUCAUGAGGGCUGUAAUAGCUUAGAGUCUUGCUUUUGUUAUCCGGCAUUGAUCCCAGAUGAUAGCAAUAUAUGGGACUACGCUGGCUUCCUAUGGAACAUGGAUUAAGCAGAAAGUUACUGUAAUUAAAUGUGAAUAUAAAGAAUAUUUAAAACUGUAAAACAGUCAUGUUUUGUAUCAUGCAUUACACACACUGCAUCAUGAAUAUUGUAUCUAUACUUGUUUGUAUAAUCUAGCUACAUUUGC